AUGGUGCAAACGAUGCCAUCCUCGCCUGCAAGUGACAUGUCAUCAAUGAUGCGUGUGAUGCCAUCACCAUCUGCAAGUGACAUUUCAUCAAUGAUGCAUAUGAUGCCAUCCCCAUCUGCAAGCGACAUGUCAUCAAUGGUGCAUAUGAUGCCAUCCCCAUCUGCAAGUGACAUGUCAUCAAUGAUGCAUAUGAUGCCAUCACCAUCUGCUAGCGAAAUGGCUCUAACGGUGACUAGCAUUAUUCCAACGGUAGCACCUACGUGUCCUUCAGGAUUUACAGGAAAUGAUUGCUCCAAAGAUAUUGAUGACUGUGAAUACGAAAACUGUUCAGGAAAUGGAGACUGCCUUGACAGAAUAAAUGGUUUUAUAUGUGAAUGUAAAAACAAUUACUUCGGAAAAAACUGUGAGAAAAAACUCAGUGCCUGUAAUCCAAACCCAUGCGAAAACGAUGGAACUUGCAGAGAAGUUGGUGAAACGUUCAAAUGUACGUGUACUUCAGCGUUUGAAGGGACAACCUGCCAAUCAGAGACGCCUACCCAAACAUUUACCGGUACAGUGAAACUGGAUCAAGAUUAUAAAGAGGACUAUGAUGACAUCAACUCACCAAGAUCUCGCGUCCUCAUUACAGUUUUGGACUCGAAAUUAAAACCAUUUUUCAAAAAGAAGUUUCCAGAUUUCAUAGUUAUUAAUUAUAAGCGUUUUUUCAAAGGAAGUGUUGGCGUUGACUAUGAAUUGCUAUUUCCAACAACCUCAAAUGUGACUAAUGGCAACAUCGUGCAAGCUCUUAGAGAAGGUAAUGGCUCGAGCGAACUGGGAUUUUUGAGGCUGACGGGAGAUAUAACCGUAACGAAGCAGGUUGUUCAGAAGACAGCAGCACCAACUGCAACCAAAGAAAAAUCGACAAUCAAGGACUGGGAGAUCGUGCUAAUCGCAGCUGCAACAAUUGUCUUUUUUCUAUUGGUGGCUAUUGGCGUUUUGGCAGUGAAAUACAGAAACGCUGUUCAGGGUGAAAAGAAGGAGUUGUAUGCCCUUAAUGGAGAAUGGGAAGUAAUGGAGAACGGGCAUAAUGGCUUGAGGGCUCAGUCUGGUUACAAGAGUCGUAACGGACCGCAGAGCUAUGUGUCUCCAAUGUAUGGACAAAUACCUGGAUCUGAUAACAAGGCAUAUCAGCAUGACAGUGCGUUGUAGGUUUAAUGAGCGAAAUCGUUAAUGUAGUCAAAAAAUCAACCAGUUUCAUCCUAACAGUCCGUUUUAGAACGAAACGACUUUAAUUUAGAUAGCGAUUCCAAGUUGACUGUAAUUUCUCACUUGACUCCACGUGCGAUAAAUUCGUUACAUACUAUUUCAGAAAAAAAGACAAACAUUUGAGGGAUUUAAGGAUCUAGAAAGUGUAACCGACAUUGAACAUACGUACACAGUUUUUUUCACGAAGUAUUUUACCACUGUCCAGCUAACGGACAGAUAAAUUCAAUGCCGUGGGCCCUUUUGGUAACAGAUCGGAUACUAAGUCAACUUGAAGUGUUGAGAGAAUCAAUGAUCAGUUACACUCUCGCCUGCGUCUCGUGUGCAACUUUUUGUUUUUACAUCAUUUUGACAUGUCAUGUACCUCUUAGCUUACAAAGACAGCGAAGUGAUAUCUGCAAAGCUGGAAAGGCUAAACUAAUUUGGCGCACGUGCGAAUCACCUAAGAUUUUGUAAGAUGUUAUUCUACCUAAAAUAGCAAGGACAAAAAAGAAAAUUUGAAUCGAGAACAGCGGUACGUUCGCGUGAAUAAUGAAACUGUGUCGGUCAUCCUUAGAGGUACUUGUGCAGCGGGAAAUAUUUGUUACUUAACGCAAACUUAACGAUGCAGAGAACUUAGCGAGUAACGAUAAGCCAAAGGGCUAGGACAGUUUUUCAAGUUUACUUUCUGAUAUGCUUAGGGUUAACUUUCGUCUCAAUACAGUUAAUAAAUUGGUUUCUCUUUUGCAGCAA